CGGUGUGGGGAGUGUUUCCGGUCUGCUGUGAGGACCCACUCUUUGAGGCGAUGGCUUCGUCGCUUUCUCUCGGUUCCCUUCCGGCCGCUGAGUUCUUCUACUGGAUCGGUGUGACCGCGGUGACCUGGUUGUCGCUGAAGGCGGCCUGGAGGCUGCUGAGUGGGGCCCGGGUGUUCGUGUUCGGAACGGGGGUCCAGGUGGGAGAGUUCGGCCGCUGGGCAGUUGUUACAGGAGCAACUGACGGAAUUGGAAAGGCUUAUGCAAAGGAGCUUGCCAAGCAUGGUAUGAGUAUUGUCCUGAUCAGCAGAUCACAAGAAAAACUGGAUCAAGUUGCCAAGGAAAUAAGAGAGCAGUUCAAAGUUGAAACAAAAACUAUCGCUGUGGAUUUUGGAGAAGGAGCUGAGAUCUACAACACAAUUGAAGCUGGUCUGGCUGCACUAGAAAUUGGCGUCCUAGUGAACAAUGUGGGAAUUUCUUACAACUGCCCAGAAUAUUUCCUGGAUAUUCCUGAUCUCGAUGACGUUAUCAACAAGAUGAUAAACAUCAACGUUCUAUCGGUCUGCAAGAUGACUAGGAUGGUAUUGCCUGAUAUGGUGGAGCGGUCGAAAGGCAUCAUCCUGAAUGUGUCAUCUGCUAGUGCGUUGUAUCCUGUACCCUUACUGACUCUCUACUCUGCCACCAAGACUUUUGUGGAUUUCUUUUCACAAGCACUGAAUGUUGAGUAUAAGAACAAGGGAAUCAUUGUCCAGAGUGUGCUGCCAUUCUUUGUGGCUACGAAGAUGAGUAAGAUCCGAAAGCCAACUCUGGACAAACCAAGUCCAGAGACCUAUGUGAAAGCUGCUUUAAGCACAGUUGGUCUUCAGGUGCAAACAAAUGGCUAUCUGCCACAUGCCAUAAUGGGUUGGAUCACAACAUCCCUACUUCCAGUCUCUAUGGUCAUUAAGCAGUCCAUGAAGAUGAACCAGGGUUUGCGCGCUCGUCACUUUAAGAAGCUGAAAGAAAAAGGGGAUUGACCAGGAUUUGCGUGAUGAUCAACACAACAAGCUCAAGGAAAAAUGUGAUUCUUUAUCAUGUAAAGCAACAAUAUUCUUAACAUUUUUGGUGGAUCAUAAACCAAGCUUCACCCUCACUCUUUCUUUGUUCUAAUAAGGACCAGGUCGGGAGAUUGGUUGCCAUGUUAAUAAUAAUAAAAAAAAGAAAUCCCUUGGA